CCGAUCUUUGAUCUUUUUUUCUAUACAAGCAUCCGGCGCUUUAGCGACAGCUACAAUUUCUUCUAGAAGACAGAGGGCCUAUAGCACAAGUCAUGGGCGUCCCGCCGGGUUCGCAAGCAGCUCCACUCCCGAGCAACCUGCCCUUUCGACUCGUAUCCAAGACUAUUGGGUCCGGCGCAUAUGCGUCGAUCCGCAAGGCAGUGCCCAAGGACAAGCCGAAGCCCGUCAUCGCCGUCAAGUUCAUCAACAAAGACCACGCAUUCAGGGUCGGUCGGUUGCGACCCAAGCAGAUCGAGCUUGAGAUCAGUCUGCAUCGUCAAGUGUCUGGACAUGCCAACAUCAUCCGCUUCCUCUCCCACGGAGACGACCAAUCAUGGAUCUGGAUCGCCAUGGAAUUGGCAGAGGGCGGCGACCUGUUUGACAAAAUCGAGGCCGACGAAGGCGUUGGGGAGGAUAUUGCCCACUUCUACUUCAAGCAGCUCAUCAACGCCAUCGCCUGGUGUCACGGCAAGGGCGUCGCGCAUAGAGACAUCAAGCCCGAGAACAUGCUGUUGACUGCGAACGGCGACCUGAAGCUGGCCGACUUCGGUCUUGCCACCGCUUUCCUCAAUCCCAAGACUGGAGACUCCAAGAUGUGUGGAUUGGUCUGCGGAAGCCCGCCGUACAUUGCGCCCGAGAUCAUCCAGGUCGGCCACGCAAAUCAAAAGAGGAAGCACGGCGAGGAAAAGUUUGGCUACUGUCCCAACAUCUCGGACAUCUGGAGUUGCGCCAUUGUGCUGUUCGUUCUCUUGGUGGGCAACACUCCUUGGGAUCAGCCCGAACCGCGGAAGAGCGAGGAAUUUUACCACUUCUGCGAAACACAAGGCCGUCCUGAGGACGACUUGUGGGACAAGAUACCCUCGGAUGCACUGAGUCUGCUCCGUGGCAUGCUCAAGGUCGACGUACUCGAGCGCUUCAAGCUCAAUGACAUCCGCAUCCAUUCAUGGUACACUCGCCCCAACAAGUUCAUGAAUUCAAAGGGAACCGUCUCGGACUCGGUCAGCCUGGCGACAAACAUGAUCGAGCGCCUGCACAUCGACUUCACCACCGUACCCGACUCAUCACAGAGCCAGGAGCAGCCGAAACAAGUCGAGUCACAGCCUACACCCGCCAACCAGAUGUCGACGCAACCAAACACGUCAGCCUUCGAUCAACCUUACGACUGGGAGGCCCCGCCACGUCUCGCAGGUCUCACUGCAUCUCAGCCCGUAACAGCACACGACUCCUCCCGCGUCGCCGUUACUCACGACCUCAUUGCCGCCCAACUUUCACAAGAGCCGCACAUGACCCAGUUCAGCCAGAACCACAGCGUCCCUCUGUCUCUGACCCAAAACGCCCGCCGCUUCCGGGAUAUCGUACCCGCUCAAUCUCUCGCACGCUUCUAUUCCUACCAAGCGCUGCCUCAGUUGCUCGGAACAGUACGCAGCGCCCUGCACACACUCAACGUUCCCAUACCAGCCUCUGCUGCCGCUGACGACAAGGCCAAACAAGCUUACAUUCGCAUUCGCAUGGUCGAUGGUCGUAAGCAAGGGCUCAGCGGAAACGUCGUUUUGGAGUCUAUUGCUGAAGACGGACUUGUUGAAGUCAGAUUCGUCAAGGCAAAGGGUGAUCCGCUUGAGUGGCGCAGACUAUUCAAGCGAGUCGCAGUCCUCUGCCGCGAUGCAAUUCUCAUGCCUAGGGAGUAAUGAGUCUCUCGUCAUCGCGCGCACUGUCUUACCUCCAUGGGCAAAUUCUGUCUUCUCUCGACAUCUUCUUGGCUUCUACUUCCGCCUUACAUCGCGACUACUUCUUUCUCUUCUUUGCUAGGCAUCUCACCUGGCCCCCAUUUCACCUUUACGCUCUUCCAGUUUCGGAAGGACUUUUUCUUUUCAUCAUCACGCCUGUCAUUGAAAAAGAGUCAUGAGCACAUUGAGAUUUUCUGUUUUUGAUUGUUUGUUUGGACCCAUACAAGGGGCAACUAAUGGGUUUUGGCUGGGAGGAAAAGGCUGGAAAGAUGGAAAAACUGGAAAUAGCACUAUACCCCCUUUCCCUUUUACAAAUAUGAUUUUGCCGAUGUUCUUCAUUCUGCUCG